AUGGCCCUCACCCAGUCCCAGAUUGACAUUGUCAAGUCCACAGCCGCCAUCCUCAAGGACCAAGGCGACCGCAUCACGCGCAUCUUCUACGUCAACAUGCUCACCGCGCACCCGGAGCUCAAAAACUACUUUUCCCUGCGCAACCAGGCCACCGGCGCCCAGCAAGCCGCCCUCGGCGCCUCCGUCCUCGCCUACGCCAGCUACAUUGACGACCUCCCGCGCCUGACCAGCGCCGUCGAGCGCAUCGCCCACAAGCACGCCUCGCUCUUUGUCCGCCCGGAGCAGUACGCCAUUGUCGGCGAGCACCUCGUCGGCGCCUUUGCCGAGGUCCUCGGCGACGCCCUGACCCCGGAAGUCGCAGACGCCUGGAAGGCCGCCUACGCCCAGCUCGCCGACGUCUUCAUCGGCCGCGAGCGCCAGCUCUACGAGGAGCCGGGCGCCUGGCAGGACUGGCGCGACUUUGUCAUAGCGAAAAAAGAAAACGUCUCCGAGGGCGUCGUCAGCUUCUACCUCAAGCCCGCCGACGGCAAGCCGCUGCCGCCGUUUUUGCCGGGACAGUACGUCAGCGUGCAGAUUCCGAUCCGCGAGCUCGGCGGCUUGCUGCAGAGCCGCCAGUACAGCCUGAGCGCCGGCCCGCCGGGCCCGUCUGGCGCCGAGUGUUACCGCGUCACCAUUAAGCAGGAGCCCAACACGGCCGGCGCCGACCCCUCCGACGUCAAGGACCUGGCUGCCGGCAGCAUCGCCGGCAUCGUCGGCAACCGCCUGCACGCCGAGUACCAGGUCGGCGACACGGUGCAGCUCAGCUCCCCGCGCGGCGAGUUUGUCUUUGACGCCGCCAAGAUUAGUCCCGACGCCCACGUCGUCCUCCUCUCCGCGGGCGUCGGCGCCACGCCGCUCCUCUCCAUGCUCGACGCCAUUCGCGGCGCCAACAGCAUCAACGACAACGUCGCCGCCGCCCCGCGCCCCGUCACCUGGGCGCACUCGGCCCGCCACGCCAACGCCGUCUGCUACGGCGAGCACAUCCGCCAGGCUUCCGCCGACGCAAACGCAAACGUCACCGCAAAGGUCUUUCUCAGCAACGUGGCCGAGACGGACAAGCAUGGCCACGAUUACGACUACAAGGGCCGCUUCGACGUGUCCAAGCUGGUCGCUGAUAAUGUCCUGCCGCUGGAGAAGCCCGACGCCCAGUACUUUCUCUGCGGCCCCAAGGAUUGGAUGGUGCAGGUCAGAGACGAAUUAAAGGGCAAUGGCGUCAAUUCAGACAAUAUCCAUCUCGAGCUGUUUUCUACCGGAGACGUCUAG